AUGGAGUCAGAAAAGGAUUCUCAAAAAAGUCUGGCUAAUACGACGAUUGUUGCGGCAGAACCAGAUAUAAGUGAUAUAAGGUAUCUGGACUUGAGGGCCAAAUUGAAGGGGAUGGGCUUAAGCACGAAGGAUGAUGAUGAUGAUGAAACCCUUACGAAGGCUAUGCAGGUGCUAACGUUUAAAGAUGUAGAAAAAUCGCUUCAAAUAUUUAGCAGCGUAGGUACGACUAAUGUGAAAUGUUGGAUAAGAGAAUUCGAGGAGAUGGCAGAAUUAUGCCAGUAUGAUAGUUCACGGAAAAUAAUUUAUUGUAAACGGCUAUUACGAGGAUCAGCAAGAUCAAUUGUGCGAUAUAAAAAGGGUUGUAAGACGUGGAAGAAGCUUAAGAAAGCGCUAUUGAAUGAAUUUUGGGAAGUAAUAAGUGCGUACGAGGUCCACGAAUUACUUGGAAAACGAUUGAAGGAAACUGGAGAAUCUUAUCAAGAGUAUGUAUACACGAUGUGUGAAAUCGCUGCUCAGGCAAUAGUAGAUAAGAUGAGUACGAUACAAUAUAUUGUGAAUGGUGUGCGAGAUGAGCCAUCCAAUAAAGCUAUUUUAUACGGAGCAACGACGAUCAGCGAGCUAAAAAAGAAAUUCAAAUUAUACGAGGCGAUGAAAGGGGAAUUGCAGAGGAAGACAAGAACGAUGAAGGUGCACGAUAGCAGGGGAACGAAUAAACGACCACCCGGAUCAGCUACAAAGCCCAGUGACGAACGCUGCUACAAAUUUGGAGAGUCGGGCCAUCGGCAGUGGAAGUGCCCAUCGAAGGCCAAAGGCGUGAAGUGCUUUAAGUGUAACGAGUUCGGCCACAUCUCAAAGGAUUGCAAAAAGAACAUAAAGCAGCAGGUUAAUCCGAAGGAAGCGUGCAGUGUAGAAGCGGGGGUGGGUGAAGAGUGCAUCAAAGAGGUUCAAAUAGGAGACAUUAAGAUUGUGGCGCUUAUCGAUACAGGCUGUAGUUUAAGCUUUAUUACAAUGGAAAAAUAUUUGGAAAUCGGUGCACCUGAAGUAGGUAAGAAGAGUUUGCAAUUCCGGGGCGUGGGUUCCGGUUUAAAUAAGACGUAUACCGAGAUGGAUACAAUGGUCACCAUUGAUGGUAAAGGGUAUCCGAUCAAGUUACAUGUGAUUUCGGGCACUCUUAUAAAAGAUGGCUUGCUCAUCGGAAAUGACUUUUUGAAUUAUUUAAAAGUAGUAAUAGGCGCGGGCAAUGUUUGCAUUCGUGACAUAGAGGAAAGUCUAAUGACGGACGACGUGACAGAUCUAGGAAUGAAUAUAUUCUUAAAAGAUGAAGAACUAGUGUACGCGCGUCCGAGAAGGUUAUCGCUGAAAGAAAAGGAUGAGGUGGAUGCCGAAAUAGACAAGUGGUUGGCGGACGGUAUCAUACAGCCGUCGUUUUCCGAUCACGCUAGUCCGGUGGUAUUAGUUAGGGAGAAGGACGGGUCAGGAAGGUUGUUCGUUGACUAUCGAAAACUAAACGAUAAGAUUGUAAUGGAUCGAUAUCCGUUACCACUAAUCGAGGAUCAACUAGACGCGUUACAGGGCGCGUGCGUAUUCACUACUAUCGACUUAAAGAACGGGUGUUUCCAUGUGUCGGUAAAUAGGGAUAGUCCAAAGUACACGGCAUUCGUGGUGCCUAACGGUCAUUACGAAUUUCUAAAGGUCCCGUUUGGAUUUAUUGAGGAUGGGAUGGAUAAACUAGCGUUAGUAUUAAAAACGAAGGGGGAAUUCGGGUUAGUAAUUAACUGGAAGAAUUGUGAGUUCUUGCAGAAACGCGUGGAGUAUUUUGGACACAUAACCGAGGACGGUCAGUUUGUGCCACAAUAUUCGGGUAUUGCGAGACCGUUGUCCGAUCUAUUAAGAAAAGAGGUAAAAUUUAAAUUUGGGUACGAGGAGGAGGAAUACUUUCAGAAGCUUAAGGAGAUAUUGUGCUGUAAGCCAGUAUUGCGUCUAUACAGAGGGAACGCCGAAACCGAACUCCAUACGGAUGCGUCGGGUAAAGGAUACGGGGCAAUUUUGAUGCAGCGUGAUAACACCAACGAUAUGUUCCCUCCUAUAUAUAACGCAAGUGGGAAGACCACGCCAGCCAAAGAAAAGUAUCCCAGCUAUAAGCUGGAGGUGCUCGCAAUCAUCAAGUCGCUGCGAAAAUUUAGAGUGUAUCUGUUAGGGAUUAGCUUUAAGACAGUGACGGAUUGUCGCGCGUUCACGCCCACUAUGAGAAAAAGGGAUUUUUGCGUGCGCGUGGCAAGAUGGGCUCUGUUUCUCAAAGAAUUCCGCUAUACAAUUGAACAUCGGACAAGCAGGCAAAUGGUGCACGCAGAUGCGUUAAGACUUUAUCCUUUACCGACGGUCAUGUUUAUUCGCGAGGACGAAAGCCAGCUCAUAGCUAGAUUAAAGCGUGCGCAAUCGGUGGACGAAGACCUACGCGGUAUAAUUAGUGGUGAUAAGAAAUAUAGGGUUAGUGAUUAUACAAUAAGGAAUAAGAUUUUGUAUAGAAAUGUAAAGGGUGACAUGUUGGAGGUAGUGCCUAGGGCAUUGUAG